GCUCGAAAUGAAGUGGGCAAUAAUUUUCAUAGUCGUCCAGCUAGUGCAUCACAUUGCGGGCGAGCAAGCCUACGUGGUCAGCAAUGAGCAGUUGGAGCCCUUUGAGGGCGACUCGGAGACGCUCGUCUUGUUCGACAAUCUGAAAACAGUUGGACGCGAUCGUGCGAUCAACGGUUCGUUCUCCUUUCUGGGCGACAUGGACAACGACGACUUCAAGGUCUCCGUGGAGCUGUACUCCAGUCCCAAUAACGACGGGGAUUUCAAGCGCAUGGUCUUCGACGUGCCGCAGACCAGCAUUUGCGAGUGCUUCAAGAAGUUCUAUGUGCAAUUCGUGCAGCCCUCGGUCAGCGAUGGCGAGACCACGAACUUUCCACUCGUCGGCGAGGACACCUGCCCCAUACCAAAGGGCGAGUUUUAUAUCAAGAGCGUGCUGUUCAACACCCAGGAUUGGCCCGAGCAGGUGCCGCGCGGCAUGGUCAAGGCCAUCAUAACGUUCUUUACAGGUGGCAAGAAUGUCGGCGGCUUUAUAGUGCUCGUCAAGAUUGAGGAUCGUCAGAGUUAGAAGCAAACAUUUCAUACACUUUUUUAUUUUAACUAGCAAUAAAGGUCUUUGAAAGCGAACAGCUUGAACUUUCG